GAAUAAAAGCCCGUCAUUUUUCCGGUUCUCCGCUCUGAUCGCGCAAUCUCUGGUGGGACCUCUAUCGACACAUCACAAACCACCCUCUUCCAGCUGCAGCCAGGACCGUGAAGGCUUUUCUAUUUCAGCGCGUUUGAUUUUGUCAUACCAACCGAGAAUCCAGUUGUACUACAACUCAUCACUCGAAGGACUGUAGAUUGGUGUGUCUCCAAUCCAACAUCGUGCAGAGAUUCGCACAUAUCAUCGGACGAGCCCGACACGCUGCCGCCGUUGGGCGGUUUCUCCUUGUAUUCACCAGAUCCCAGACAAAUCACGAGAGAUGGACUGGGACGCAGACGAUGCCCUGCUCCCGUUUGAGCACCGCGACCAGGAAGAACAGGCAGAGGCCUGGUACAAUCACCCUGUCCGGGUUCAGAAUCGCCAACUUGUCCAGGAAAACCUGCGCCUGAAGAGGCUUCUGCGUGAAAACGGCAUUUCUUGGGAUCCCUUGUUGACUCUGGAUACCAGCGACCCAAGUCGCAGCCGGGGUACUUGGUCUUCGCGCAAGAGGAUCCGGACUCGCUCAUCGAAAGGCGCGACGACAUUGACGCCGGAGGAUUGUCGGUUGCCUACACUGCCUGUGGAGAUUCAGCUUUACAUCCUCGAGUAUGCCAUGACCAGCAAGUACCCCAUAAUCGAUCCUCUCUGCAAGUUGAGCAAGGACAACAUCACAGCUGCCGAGAAGGGCCGCGGCAACCAAAUUGCCAUUGGCUUUCUCGCUACCUGCAAAACCUAUUUGAUCGAAGGCAGGAACUUCUUGUGGAGAAACAACAAGUUCGUCUUCACCAGCCCAAAUGCGCUGAGGAAUUUUGCCGAGCUCGGGUACCAGUACCGCAAGAGCAUCACACAUAUCACUCUCCGCAUAAUCGCUCGUUACUAUGACGACGAGGAUCGGCCGCAUCUCGCUCCGUACCCCUCUCUCGAAUAUGCGCACGACAAGACUAUCAAUCUCAAAGUGAUCCCUCGUGUCAAGGAACAGAACCUCUCGCGCAAGGGGUUCAAGAGCUACUCUUGGAACCAGGUGGUGGAUUUCAUCGAAGUUCUGCGGCCACCCUUUGACCCCAACCAUCCCAAAGGGCUACCACGACCUCGUCUGUUGCCCAGCCUCGAGAUUCUUAGGAUAGACUUGGUCAAUUUCCCCGAAAAUUAUCUGACCCCUCCAACGGGCUCCGCAAUCCACAAUGUGGCUUCUCACGACCUCGGCUGUACCAUUAAUGAACUUCAAAUCACGGGCGUCCCGGACUGUGCCUGGGGGAAUGAAGUGGCUGCCCAACUGUCAAGAAUGGUCAAGGAUGAGGGGCUGGUUCUUAGGGGCGAUUCGGCUUUUGUUUUCUCUGGUAACAGACUGCGAUCCAUGUCGGACCGCUCCAGGUGGGGUCCAUGUUGGUACCCUAAGGUGGUACGGGCGUGGAAGGCUCUUGCCGAGGAGUACGCGCGCACCAAGACAACAACAUCGCCGACGCCGCACCCCCCGCGCGGCCAUCGCCACGAUCACGCCGAUCCUUACACGAUGCCGCCGGCCCCCAAGGAAGAGGGGCACCCAGAAUCCCUGUGGAAGGAACGCCGGACCAUCUUCAAGCGCGUUCCCAUCAUGCAGGACGGUGAUGAGCGUGUCUGGAUGGAGUUUGAUCGGCUAAGCGGGCUGCCCAUUGAUAAUGACGAGUACGACCCGGACGAAGACGAAUAUGACGUGGAGGAUCUCAUCUGUCUCCAUUGUGGUGUUAUGCACUCCCCUUUUGGCGAUGAUUGAUGAUGUCUCGGUUAGCAGACUAAGAUCUGCAGUGUUUUGCC